UUUUGUUCUUUUCCCUCUCAGGUUCUUCAAGUAUUUCUUCUCUUUCACUCGUACUCCUACUACUAUUGCCAUCUUCUAUCUCUCCUCCACCUCCUUGUUUCUCUCUCUUCUUCAAUAUUUGGAGAUACCCAUUUGCCCCUGAAGGGUUCCCUAGAAAACCCAUGUGCAGGUUCUUCCUUGUUGCAGGGUUACUGUUAAUUAAAAUGUCACUGUGGCACUUUGGUUUGAUUAAGCAAUUCUGCAACUGAAGGGUUUAUUAAGUUAAAUUCUGCAAUUUAAUCAGUAAUGGGUUCUGGAGAUUGGUUUAAGAAUAUAAUUAGCUUAAAGAAAGGGAAGGAUGACAGAUCAAAGAAAUCAAAGGGAUCUUCAGGGUCUGAAAAAACAAAUGGCAAAAACUACUCUCAGAAAGAGUCUACAAAGUUUGCCAAUGGUACUUCUAAUGGAAAACCCAGGUUUCUUGGUCUUCCAGUUGAGGAUGUAGCAGCGAUUCGGAUUCAGACUGCAUUCAGGGCAUAUUUGGCAAGGAAAAAUCUUCGUCGUUUGAAAGGAAUAGUAAGAUUGCAGAUCCUGACCCAAACCCGUUCUGUAAGCAAACAAACUUCCACUACUUUGAGCUAUCUCCAUUCGUGGAGCAGGACACAGGCUCAGCUUAGAGCUCGCAGACUUUCUAUGGUAACAGAAGGUCGGAUUAGACAGAAGAAACUGGAGAAUCAAUUAAAGCUUGAGGCAAAACUUCAGGAUCUCGAGGCGGAUUGGUGUGGUGGCUCUGAAACAAUGGAUGAAAUUCUUGCAAGGAUACAUCAGAGAGAAGAAGCAGCAGUUAAGAGGGAGCGAGCUUUGGCAUAUGCCUUUUCCCAUCAGUGGAGGGCGAACUCAAAUUCAAUCCUCGGACCUCCCGAACUUGGCACAGCUAACUGGGGUUGGAGCUGGAUGGAACGCUGGAUCGCAGCUCGACCAUGGGAAAGCCGAGUUCCUAUUCAGUCAAGCCCUAAGAAACCACUGAGUCAGCUUGCAAGCAAGUCUGGUAAAAACACUAGUAUACCUACCAUGAAAGCACCGGUUGCAGUUAAAACCAUUUCGCUGAAUGGAAAAGGACCCACAAAGGCCCGACGCAUGUCUUACCCGGCAGCUGAGAAACCGGCUCCACAAAGCAUCUUUAAAACUGAAGAAGCAAAGAUUGAAGAAAGGCAAGUGACCACUUAAUACUGAAUGAAUGAUAAAUUUGAAGGACCAAUCUUUGAGUUUCAGACACUUAUGUUGAAGAGAAGUGAUGAUGAUAAAGCCAUUCUUUAAUUAUGUGCUCAUUUCUGAUUCUAUUUUUGUGGAGUGGUGUGAAAGUAGUAUUGUUUGUCAUGCAGAGCAGAAUAAAAGAAGACUGGACAUGAGAGGUUGCUGGUCAUCCUUUUUUUUUCUUUUCUUGUUUUGUUUUUUUCCACUUUUUGGAUUUGUAUAUUUUGGUGACAGUAUCUUAUUUAUAAUGUAAAUACACAAGAUUUUUUUUACUUUAUAUAUAUAUAUUUUCCCUGGUAUGUUUA